CAGCAACUACGGGAGCAUACGAGACUUCCUCAGUCAGAAAGUAGAUAAGCACAAGAAAGACCUGGACCACAACAAUCCCCGGGACUACAUUGAUACUUUUCUAAUAGAAAUGGAGAAGGGCACCAUGGUCCUCCCUACACUGAACUUGGUCCUACACAAUGAGUCCAUGUGGGAAACUCCACACACCUUUAAUCCUCAACACUUUCUGAGUGGUAAAUUUACGAGGAGAGAGGCCUUCAUUCAUUUUUCUGCAGGGAAGUGAGCGUGUCUUGGGGAACAGCUGGCCAGGAUGGAGUUAUUCUUCUUUUUCACCUCCCUCCUUCAGAGAUUUUCAUUCUCAGCACCAGUGGGAGAGCAGUCUAGUUUGUAUUCAAACAACUUUUCCCCAAACUCUGUGAGGAGCCACAAGCAUGAGCAGCCAGACGAGCUGUGGGUGAAAUCUGCAAUUCUGCCAUCUUUCUUAGUUAAAAGGUAAGUUUGUUUUCCCUUCCUCCCUUUUAAACGGCAUAAAGUUUAACAGUCAAUUUAGGAAACAAGGUAAGCUACUGUGUAUUUUAAAGCUUCUGAUUAGAAUAAUGACUUUUCUACAUCAUGAUAAACAUUGACUGCAUCAGUACAUUUAAGAUUUUUGGUUUAAAUAAAAACCUCAUAAAAGCUUGUAACAGUAGAAAUAAAGGUAACCAGGUUGCGGUGAAGCAAUGUUUUGCUCAUUUUUCUAUAAACUGACAGUCCAUGCUGGGUUAAUGGGUUAGUUAUUUGCUAACAGCAGCACACUUUCUGAGAGCAAAUGCUCUGUAAUGUCAUGCUUAAAGUCAACUGAAGCUUUGUAGUGACGAAAAACAGGAGGCUGAAGUGGGCCACAGAUGUUCCCAAACUAAACUUCAAAGUUUCUGCUUUACCACCAAAGUAGGUCAAUGGCCUCUUUAGAAUAAGCAACUCACAUUACAAAAAUCACUUUAGUCAGAUGCAUCUCACGAAGCAGGUUCUCUGAAGGAGAAAGACGUUUGCUGAGACUUCUUUAGAAAUCCAUUCUGGUGAGUUUAAUUUGUUCUGGGUUGUUGGUUCUGAUAGAAAAAAAAGGAAAAAAGUAAUUGCGUCAUUUUUGUUUUCAGGAUGUCAUUUAGAAUCAGAUUUAACACCAUUUGUGUUUAUCAAAACAUCAGUUUUGUGAGCAGAUCAACACAGCGAGGAACAUCUGUUCUCUUAUCUGACACGGUGCUUUUGCCAAAGUUGAUAUGAUGAGUGUAGCGUGCGUUUCUGGAAAUGUCAUCACCCACAACCUUGCUCUGAAAAUGGUGAGAAGAUAAAGUAAAAAGUGAUCCUCCUCCUCAUGUUGGCCAGAACACCGUCUUACUCCUGAGCUCUGAUGGCUAAGCUGCUGAGUUGGUUCUUCCAGUUGAAGAGACCAGAGCUGAGAUGAAUCUCCCCUUCACCGUUUGGAUAUGCAUUAUUCUUCUUGCUUCUUCCUUCAAACGCCUUCCUUUGCUCCCUGCUGACUGCCUGCACUUCAUCCCACUUGGCAAGCUGGCAGUGGAACCAGGUCCGCUUUUCCUUCUGGGCUCAAACCUGACAGUGUACUGCCAGGUCAAUGAAAAUCAAAAAAGGUCCAAAUUGUCCCUGGAGCUGAAUAAGGAGAAUGUGAAACUAUCAAAGAGAAUCAACAGCACCACAACAGUAUUCUUUCUACCCCAUGUAUGGAUGCCACAGUCCUCAGUGGUCUGCAAGAUGAAGCGUGAACAGCUGUCUGCUCUGAGUGUUGUCAAUGGACUAAAUCUACGGGGCGGGCUACCUCCAGAUAAACCUAAAAAUAUCAUCUGUGAAACAACACGGACCUCAAAGGGGAUACGGUGCUCAUGGCAGAGAGGAACGGAAACUCACCUGCCUAAAUCCUACAGUGUUUCAGUGAGCAGUAAAAAUGGAACCCAAAUACACUUCAAUCAAACCCGGGAAGCUGAGGAAAUCACCAUACCACGAGCAGUCUUAGACGAGAACACUAAACACCUGUUGAUGAUCACUGCUUCCAACCACUUUGGGGCAUCGCAGUCUGAUCCAUUUGUCCUCUGUGUGAAAGAUAUAGUAAUACCAGAGACCCCUCACAUUAUUAAUGCAGAGUUUGAGACCAAAUCCAUCGCAGCCAUGUUGCACUGGGAAACUGCUGAGUCUUCUGUGCGUCUUGUGCCCUGCAUCAGAGUGCAUGCAGAUAAUGUCUCCUGGGAAGAACGAGAGGGCACAGAACUCAGUGAGGGUCUGAUCCGAGUGGACAACCUGAGGCCUCUGACUGAAUAUGAGUUCCAGAUGAGGACAUGUAACUCAACAUCAGCACUGGCAUGUACCAACGCACCCAGCUUUAUAACUAACGACAGCCAAAGAUCGCUCUGCAGCAAAUGGAGCCCAUCUGUGAAGACGACCAGCCCCGGAAAAAGUCCAUCACAGCAGCUGCAGGUGUGGAGAAUCCUAUCAGACCCGGACCAAAAUGGGAUGAGGAUUAUUACUGUUUUGUGGAAGUCUCUACCUCCAGAGGAUUACAGUGGUGAUGUUCAGCAUUACAAGAUCUUUCUGUCUAAUAGCCAUGAGGAGACCUGUGGUGCUGCUUCCCCCAAGUGUUCAGUUAAGGUACCAGCAGGGGUUCAGGCUCUGAAUGUCUGUGCAGUAACUUUAUAUGGGAUGUCUCCACCAGCUAAUGUGGAACUAAGACACUCAGAUGUUUUGGGACCUCAUCUGUAUAAGUUGGUUCCUGCACCUAAUGGUGAUGCUGUGCUAGUCUCCUGGUUGUCGACAUUUGGAGCAGAAAUGUUGUACUAUGUGAUCGAAUGUGCAAGUGUACCUGCAACAACGCUGCAGUGGAAGAAGCUGGCGAAGGAUGCUAGAAGCACAUCGUUCACAGGUUUGACAGCAGGUGUGAGGUAUAAUGUCUCUUUGUAUGCUGUAACCACCGGAGGUGUCAGUGUUCCAAACUCCAGUCUUAUCUACUCCAGAGAACAGAAGCCAGUUUCAGGGCCCAAUGUGUAUGUCCUUUUCCAUGAGGCUAGACGGAUCCAGAUCCAGUGGGACGAGCUGCCUGUAGACCAGCAAAGGGGAUUCAUCACAAAGUACACCAUCUAUAUGCAGACACUAGACUCCAGCAAAACAGAACUUAAUGUGACAGUUUCUGCAUCUAGCCUAAGACAGAUGUGGCUGGACUGCCCUGAAGGAGCUCUGGCUCUGCAGCUGACCAUGUCCAACUCAGCAGGAGAAGGACCUCGAGGAAGACUGAUCUCCUCUCAGGGUGCAGCUCCUGCAGUUGACCAGGUGAUUGUGAUUGUGUUCCUCCUUACGGUCUUCAUAAUGAUUGUUGUGAACCUGAUGUGCUGGAGCUGUGUGCGGGAAAGGAUUAAACAGAAAUGUAUUUCAUGGGGCCCGGCAUGGCUUGUCGAAAACUUACCAAAACCAGGACACAGUAAUGCCAUCAGACUACUGGAGGAUGACAGAACUGAGCCAGUAUUCUCAUCCACUGACAGUGAUCCUCCAUUGUCCCCCAUCAGUGUGAUCUCCCAGGAGGAGAGGGAUGAAGUGUAUCCCAUCAUUCACGUCGAAAUGUCUCAGAUUGGAUCAGAACAAACCAGAGCAGAAACACAUACAUCAGUGACAGAUACUGGGACAAUCAUUGUUGAACAUUACAACUACAAACCCCACAUUACUGCCUUGAUUCCCCCAGUGGAGGAGGUAAAGGACACAGAGGAGAUGCACAGGGAUGUUCCAGCAGAGGAAGAUAGUGUAUUCAAAGGAUUACUGAAACUGUUAAGUGUGGAUGUGGAUUUUUCUGAUUCAUCUCGGGGUCUGACUCUCGGCUCUGUCACCGGUUUUUUGUGGCCUAAAACUGCUGAAACAAGUCUCUUGCAUAAAGUCCUCUUACAAGAGAGGAGAGGGAGUAAGGAACACGAAGAGGCAGAUUCUCUCUCUCUGGAAUUACAGCAGGAUAAUAUCCUGACUCCUCACACAACUGAAAGUUGCUUUUCUCAAUAUGCAGGUGAGGCAACACUGAAUGGAGGUUAUUUUCCUCAGGUAGCAGCUGUCAGCACGACUGUACUCGAAACACAAAAGUAGCAGGGACAAAAAGAGCAAUGCAAACUGCACUACUAAACCAAGUCUCAAAAAGCAUUACAUAAGCACCACUGUCACACUCGCAGUGACUUUUAGUUAUCAGAUGAAAAAACGUGCAUCAUAUUAGCUCUAAUUCUAAUCAACACUGUCAACGAUGAAUUUAUUAAACAAAUAAAAGUGUAUAUAUUGUUUGUCUGGGUUUGGUUUAUAUGUAUUUGCAACAGGGUAAUACAAUUAAAAUGUAUGUAAUCACUGUCAAUGUACUUGUGUGAAUAAAUGGAAACAUA